CUCAGGAUCGAGACAAAAAAUUGAUGCGAUCGAUUUGAAAAAAAUAACAAUGAUUGUGAGAAAGUUCGAUCACAGAAUUCUAACGAGGUCAUCUGUAGCGCACAACAGGGGAUCACGGUUUGAGCAUCUGGCACUGUGCAGUCGAGUCGGUGAAGUCUCAUCCAAAGCGAAAGGUGACAGCGAGACCAACGGAUGAUCUUCUUAUGAUCACGACAAAAACUGAUACGGAUACUGCGGCAGCACCGUCCAGAGAUCAGCCGCAAGACAGCACACAGAUAAGGACGAGUUCUCUGUUGCGUGCCCAUGCUGCCGUGUUUAUCCCAUCCGCUUUAGUCUCUACUGCCCUCUCUGAUGAUAUUGCAGCGAAGGCCAACAGUCCUAAUGUUGCUCUGCAGCCACGAAAGCAGAACGGCAAGAAGAACAAGAGAUUCAGAUCCAACCGGAAACAUCAACGACAACGGGAAUCAAACAAAGAAACCGAGAAACCGGGGGAAUAUUCUGAGAGGCUUGAAUCACAGAAUAAGAGCAACCGCGCUCCAAGCAACAAAGAUAACAAGAGGAACGGGAGAAAAAACAAGAAGAAGACAGAUCGCCCCAGAGGAUCUCAACGACAAACCAAGAAGGAGCCUCGAAGGAGACAAGAACGACCAAAGCACACUUCAAAAUCGAAGAAUAAGGACGAGUUCCAUCACACGAGUGCAAUUAGGUUCGAAUCGAAAACUCAGGGCCAACGAUUACGAGACUUCGACGAAGGCUACGACGCCUCGUCGUCGGAUUUUCCUGCACUGGUUGCAUCGCCAGAACAGUUUCAAUCUUUGGAAACCACGUGGGAUGCCUUUCCUGGAAUUCGAGACGUACGAGAGCAGUCAUCGCAAGAUGACUCUACUUGUGCACACGAGGAGACAACAUGCUGGCGAAAUGGUCUCGAUCGAUUGGAUAUGUCAGGCGGAAGAGAGUCGCGACUUCAUAAGAAUCGUAGGCAACGCUUGGAAUUUUCAGCGUGGGACAACAGCGACGACGAAAGAGGGACUGAUGAGGUUCAAAACAUGGCCAGCGGGGGCGAUACGAAUGAUCAAUUAGCCAUAAAAGAAUCGGCAACAUUAUCUAUAAUAACUGAGACUCAAAACGUUAAUAGUUCAUGGAAACGAACAUUUGAUUUGAAUCGGUUGAGAGAUCGUUGGUGGAUGGUAGUCGAAAAACACAAAAAGCGACUCACCGAGCAGCGACAGCAGGAGCAGCUGCAGCGGCAGCAAAAGCUACAAGAGUCCGAGCAAAAAGAGGGACAGGUAAAUCGUGAAGUCGGUACCUAUGAUUGCAACGACAAUGAUGUUACAGAUUCAGGUGAAAAUCUGCACCGUCAUUACAGUGCUGAUAACGGCUACAGUUUCGAAAGUUAUUGUGUUCCUGGGAGUAACAAGGAACGUUAUCAUAUUGAAGAUGUCAAUUUGUCAGCCCUUUAUGAUCGUAUCCAGAGCAAUUCAUCACUCUCUCAAACAGAAACAAGCAAGAAGAAGCUGUUCGAUAUCAUCAUAGAACACAACGAUGAGCAGGCAUUAAAAGAAAUGUUAAUGAGGUCAUGGAAAGUUGAAGCUAAGAAUCUUGGUGCCGAGUUUAGGCAUAAUAGCAGCGAUAUCGGUCGAACGCAACUUUUUGAGGUGUUUGACGGCGAAAUAAACGAGGAAGAUGCUGGGGAUUUUAUGGAAUAUUCCAUUGAAAAAGUUAUUCGUCAAAAUAAACCUCGUUUACUACGCACAAUUCUUUCAGUGACAAAUGGAAGAAUCCCUAUAAACUCACAACCGCUGAUACAAGCUGCAAAGCUUGGUCACGAGGAGUGUGCAUCGAUACUUUUAUCGAAACAAGACAGAGAUUCUACGAUUUUGUUUCUGAAGGAUGACACCGACGGCAACACGGCACUCCAUCACUGUUGUAGAGUAAAUGGAAAGAAAUGUAUGGUACUUAUGUUGCUGAAGCAUGUCGCAGGAAACACAAAAUGUAAGCGCCAAGAAUUAUCAAAACUGGUGACCUCGAGGAACAAGAACUUGCAGACGCCUUUGCAUUUAGCUUGCCAGUCGGGACGCAAUGACUUGGUCGAGGUAUUUUUGACAACGUGUAAAAGUACCUUGCUAUUCAAAAUACUUUCUAUGGAAGAUGCUAAAGAACAAACUCCUCUUUUGACUGCCGUGGGAAGUAGUUGCUAUGAUGUCGUCGUUAGCCUGUUGAUGUGGCGAGGAAAUCAUGAUCAUCAGCGACAGGAUCAACCCACCUGCUACUCUCCUGCACCCGACUUUUUUGUCCACAAAAGGAACGGUGAAAAAAAGACAUCAAAUAAGAAUAUACAGAAUUCGAUGUGUCCUCUAGUUUGGGCUGCCAAAACCGGCAACUUUGACAUGAUCGACUUAUUGAUUCAAUUCGGAGAACAAUCAGGAAAUUCUUACCUCGUAACCGAAGCCUUGCUCAUUUUGUUGAGGUCAGAUGCUCCCACUGAAACUAAGUUGAAGGGAAGCGAUCUCCUAGUCCUGGCAGGCGCAAAUCCAUUUGAAGCAAUCAUCACAGAUAAUAAAAAGAAAGAAACUGCACUAAGUGUGGCUUCUGAGUGCUCACCAAAUGAAGUUAUUUGUUCGAUGAUUUCAACUGCGAUGCGGAUGAUUACAGAUAGGCAACUUUCUCGUCGACGAGAUCCCAUAUUGCAACAGCAACCAGAAGCCUUCUUUAGAACGUUGGAAUCAAAAGAGAAUUUCGAAGCAAACAGUGCCAUAUCAAACGCUUUGGUCGAAGCUUUGUUUCAAGGUUAUUCGAGCCAAAAAGUUGCGGAUUUUUCCACGGCGAUGAUGUUCUACGAAAAAAUUGAAAAAAUCGAUGACAGUUAUCUUGCACGGUUACGAUUUAGCAUUCUGAAUGGUCGAAUCAAACUUUACACACCUGCAUCCAUGAGUGCCAUGAAGUGGUGUCUCAUUGCAACCUAUGAACACUCUACAAAGGAGAUCACAGGAAAGAAAGGGCCAAAGUCAGGUCUCCUGGAUUGUGAUCGCACUUUAUUUGCUGAGAAAAGUAUACUUUUGUCCAACAUUCCUUGGGUAAAGACUGAAGCCCACAACACAGAGUGCUCUUGUCCAUGGAUGAGGAGGACUGUAAAGAAGAGCGAUCUAUUGCCGACGAGUCGUCAAAUAGGAGAUGAUACAAUAUUGAUCGCCGAUGAUGGAUCCGAGUUCCUUGUGGAUGCCUCAAUCGUAUCAGAAAAGAGUGGAAAACUUGCAUCAGCUCAUCGCUUUAUUGAAAUGAACCGAAAUGAAGAAUCAGAAGGCCAAGUCAUAAAGAUAGAAGUGGCCAUCCCACCUGACUUUUGUAAACUUCUAAUCCAGCACAUGUAUCACGGUUCAAUCUGUUUUGGAUGGCCGAACUUACAUAACCAUGAAAUGGGCAGAUAUUUGCUCGAAUUGAUGCUCGUCGCUGAAGAAUUUCUAAUUCCCUCUCUUGUCCAAGAAAUAGAAAUGAGGCUUUUGAGCUCGAACCCAAAAACCUGCUUUUGUUGGAACUGCUGCCAGGCGUUGCGUACGGUUACUUCAGAUAGUGGUGAGCACAAGGCCCAAUGCUUGUACUUGGUUGAUGGCCAUAGCUGCCUUGUAACACACGAAAAUGCCACGGACAUAUUGGGUGUGACUGAGUACAUAAUGGGAUUCGACUACACUUUAUGUCUGGCUCCUACAAUUCAUAACAUGUGCGUUGAACCGAGAAAACUCUGGGAAAUGUAUGACAACGGAAUGGAUAGCGACGAAACGAACUGUUGGAAAGUCAACAAGGCUGUUGUCUGUCUCAGAGAUGUCGCAAUUUGUGCCAUGUUGAAAGAGUUUGGAUCUGUUGUGAAACGUCCUGAUUUCUAUCUCCCCACUGAAGAGGUGUUGGAUAAAGAAUCUCAAAAACAGAUUCUUCUCCAAAUGUGCCUGGAGGAGUUACCGAAGAAUUCGAUCAUUGCUGCUUCUUACCAAGAACCUAUUCAAAAAUUAUCGCGUCAAACAUCAAAAAUCCAUUAAGUUAUAAAACGAGCAAACAGUUCUUGAUACAGCAGCAUAGAAUUUCUUUUUGCAAAUCAUGUUCAGAAUAAACGCUUAAGGCCUUGUUUCUUUUAAUUAUUGACCGCAAACACCAUGCCGCGACUUGGAUCCUUUUUCAUCUUCAGCCUACGCCAGUGGCAUAAACUUAUGAGAAUACU